AUGGCAGCGUUCGACGCCAUCACGGAGGAGCCGCCGCCCAGCCGCCACUGGGACGAUCCGGAUUUCGAGUCCUUCCCGCCCAAACACUCUGGCUCCGUCGCUCCCUUCCGCUUCGAAUGGCUGUGGCACGACCCCUGCUCCUCAUCACUGCUGCAGCGCCUCUCCCUCUCUCCGCCUUCCACCACCACCAGCACCACCCCCACUGGCAGCGACAGCAAUGAUGGUGCAAGCCUGGCUAGUGGUGGUGGUGGUGUGGGGGGAGGGGGAGGAGAGGAGAGGGGAUGUGUGGCAGUACGCCUGCUACUCGUGGCAGCAGCACCGGCUAGCAGCGACCUACUCGCCCAUGCUGUGGAAUCACUGGGAGGGAAUCCUACCUCAGCCCCUCUUUCUGACACACAUGCUGCUGCUGGUGGCGCUGGCGCUGCUGACGUGGCCUCUGACGGUGCUACUGCUCCCACGCAGCACACGUCACACCUCUACCUCACAGAGACAGGUGGCACCGCGCUAUUAACUGCAGGCCAUGGUCGGCUGGAAGCAGAGCGGUGCUUCGAGUGGGUGCGAGGCGUCAUGGCGCAUGUGAAACCAUCCCUGACGGUCAUCAUUUCCUCUCUGCCGGCCUCCUCUCUCCCCUCACUGCCCUCUGUGCCGCCCAAACUGCAUGCCACGUCACUGGGCCCCCUUGCUGCCGUGGAUGUGUGGCGGCUUGAGACAGAUGCUUUCAAGGCGUCACCAUUCGCAGCCCUCGCUCCUCUCCCUGCCAUCGCCUUUCUCCCAUCGGGCAGCCUCAUCGACGGUCUCCCUGCUGCUCUCCUCUCCCAUUGUCAGCCCCGGCAGCUGCCAGCUGUCGCGCUCUCAUUCGUGGACCGCCACUGGAGCGGCAGCUCCCCAGGCACAGUGCGAGGCAUGGCGUGGCUCAUGGGGGAGCUCGUGGUGGGGUGUGCUGGUGGGGAGGCGGUUAAGGGAGCAGGAGCGGGAGCAGGAUCAGGAGAAGGAGCAGUAGCAGUGGAGGAGGAGGGGGGUAAGGCUGUGAGGGAGGCUCUGUUGAGAGCAGGCGGCGUGUGGGCGAAGCAGUGGAGUGCCGUGCCGGCAGGGCAUAGGAACGGGGCUGCUGAGCUGUAUGUGUGA